AUGGAUUAUAUGAAGAAAGUGAUUUGGGGUCCUGACCCAAAGGAACAGCAGCGCAAGAUUCGGCAGCUGGUGAGGAAAAACGGUAGGUCCCUAGAUAAGUCACUAAGGGAAUUGAGUGCUUUGCAGGCCAAAACUCAAGGGCUGAUCAGACGUGCUAGUAAGCAAAAUGAUACAAGGACAGUUCGAAUAUAUGCAAAAGAGCUUUACCAGAUCAACAAACAGUACCAGCGAAUUUACGUUUCCAAGGCGCAAUUGCAAUCGGUAGGUAUGAAAAUCGAAGAAGCCUUCCGAAUGCAGAGUCUACAAGAGAACAUGGCUUCAUCGGCCGUCUUGAUGCGGGAGGUCAAUUCUCUGGUCAAGUUGCCCUAUCUACAGCACACCAUGAUGGAACUGGAAAAAGAGUUGGUCAAGAGUGGGAUGAUAAGUGAAAUGAUUGAUGAUACAAUGGAACUAGCGGAGGACGAAGAGAUGGAAGAAGAAGUGGACCAGGAAGUUAACAAAAUCGUUGAGCAAUACACCUCCAACAAGCUGGACAACAUCCAAAACAUACCGGCCGCUGAACUACCUUCAAAACAAAAGGCAGACGAAAUUGUGGCCGAAGAAAAUAUUGAUGACGAGGCGGACCACAUGCUGAAUGAAAUGCGGGAAAGGCUAAAAGCUCUACAAAACUAG